AUGACUACAACACUGUCGGGUUUGCCGACAAUUCGUGCCUUCAAAGUGCAGGACCUGUUUGUUCGACAGUAUUAUCGCCAUCAGAACGAUCACACGUCCGCUUAUUUCAUGUGUAUCUCCGCCUCAAGAGUUUUAGGUGUGACAAUGGACUGGUUGUGUGUGUCAUACCUCUUCUGUGUGACACUGUUUCUCAUGGUUUAUCAUAAGGACUUGGAGAGCGGCAGCGCUGGCCUGGCCUUCACUCUGGCCAUGGGUUUGGCGGGAAUGGCUCAGUGGGGGGUCCGGCAGUCGGCCGAAUGCGAGACCCAAAUGGUGUCCGUCGAGCGUAUCGUCGAGUACAGCGGUCUCGAGCCGGAGACCGAGCCUACAGACAGCGUACAGUCGCCGCCCCGGGAGUGGUUACAAACCGGUCGCAUAGAGUUCGUAGACGUGUCGCUCCGGUACCCGAAUCGAGCGGAACUGGCGCUCAACGGACUAAACCUGGUGUUUACGGGCGGACAGAGGGUGGGUGUUGUCGGCCGGACGGGCGCCGGCAAGAGUUCACUGGUGGCCGCGCUAUUCAGACUACACCCGACCGGUGGCCGUAUACUCAUCGACGGCGUCGAUCACCGGACAGUACCCGUCGGCGAACUCCGGCGCCGGUUGUCUGUCGCACCGCAGGAAGCGAUAGUCUUCGGCGGCUCUGUUCGCCACAAUCUGGACCCGUUUGACGAGCACCGGGACGACCGGCUAUGGGAGGCGUUAGAGGCCGUACAGCUCCGGCAGGCGUUGCUGGAAAUGCCCGCACAGUUGGCGCACGAGUUGACGGACGGCGGCGCCAAUCUAUCGGUAGGUCAGCGCCAGUUGCUAUGUCUGGCGCGGGCUAUACUGCGCCGCUCCCGCAUCCUUGUCCUCGACGAGGCCACAGCUUCGGUCGAUCCCGAGACCGAUGCGCUCAUACAGCGAGCCAUUGGCCGCCAUUUUGCCGCCGCGACUGUACUGACAAUAGCCCAUCGGCUGCACACUGUUAUCGACUCGGAUCAGGUGCUGGUGAUGGACGCCGGGAGGGCUGUAGAGUACGGGCCGCCCCACGAGUUGUUGGCCUCGAGUGAGAGUGUGUUUUACGGUUUGGUCGCACAGACGGGUCCGCAAAUGGCCGCUGAGUUGCGCCGCGCGGCCAAACAGGCUUAUGAUGAACGCCGGUCGGGUGACCACAGACUAGACUAG